AUGGCGGCGGAGAGGGUCAAGGACGCCGGCGUCCUCGCCAUGGACAUCUACUUCCCGCCCAACUGCGUCCUCCAGGAAGAACUGGAAACUCAUGAUGGCGUGAGCAAAGGGAAGUACACCAUUGGGCUUGGGCAGGAUAGCAUGGCCUUUUGCACUGAAGUGGAGGAUGUCAUUUCAAUGAGCUUGACAGUGGUGAAGACUCUCCUGAAAAAUUAUAACAUCGAUCCAAAGUGCAUUGGACGUUUGGAAGUUGGCAGUGAAACUGUAAUAGACAAGAGCAAGUCUAUAAAGACAUGGUUGAUGCAAAUAUUUGAGGAGUGUGGCAAUACUGAUAUUGAAGGAGUUGAUUCCUCAAAUGCAUGUUAUGGUGGAACAGCUGCUUUGUUUAAUUGUGUUAAUUGGGUUGAGAGCAACUCAUGGGAUGGACGUUAUGGGCUCGUUGUUUGCACAGACAGCGCGGUUUAUGCUGAAGGGCCGGCUCGUCCUACUGGCGGUGCAGCUGCUAUUGCAAUGCUGAUUGGACCAAAUGCUCCUAUUUCAUUGGAAAGCAAAUUUAGAGGGUCUCAUAUGGCACAUGUUUAUGACUUUUACAAGCCUGAUCUUGCGAGCGAAUAUCCGGUGGUCGAUGGGAAGCUGUCACAGACAUGCUAUCUCAUGGCACUGGAUUCCUGCUACAAGACCUUCUGCAAAAGGUACGAAAAGAUUGAAGGGAAGCCAUUUUCAAUCGUCGACGCAGAUUCUUUUGUAUUUCAUUCUCCAUACAACAAGCUUGUACAGAAAAGUUUUGCUCGUUUAUACUACAAUGACUUCUUGAGAAACUGCAGCAUUGUUGACAAAGACUCAAGGGAAAAAUUGGAGCCCUACUCGGGCCUGUCAUCCGAAGAAAGCUAUCAGAGUCGAGACCUCGAGAAGGUUUGUCAGCAAGUUGCGAAGCCGCUGUAUGACACCAAGGUUCAACCAACAACAUUGAUCCCGAAGCAACUCGGGAACAUGUAUACGGCAUCGCUCUAUGCUGCUUUUGCAUCAGUUGUCCACAACAAACACGAUGCUCUGGUGGGCCAGAGGAUCGUCAUGUUCUCCUACGGCAGUGGCAUGACGUCGACAAUGUUCUCCUUCAAAAUCAACGAAGGCCAGCAUCCGUUCAGCCUAUCGAACAUCGCAAGCAUACUGGACAUCUCCAACAAAUUGGAGUCUAGGCAUGUGGUUCCGCCGAAGAAAUUCGUCGAGGCGCUGAAGCUGAUGGAGCACCGCUAUGGCGCCAAGGACUUCGUCACCAGCCAGGACACGCGCUUGCUCGUCCCAGGCACCUACUACCUCACCCAUGUCGACUCCAUGUACCGCCGGUUCUACGCCGUGAAAGGCGACGCCGCGGCAACUCCGGUAACAAAUGGCCAUUGA